GUAAAUUACAACCAUUUUAAACUGUAAAAUGUACAGGUUAUGUAAAGUGGUUUACAUUUAACUAUAUUUUUUACAUAAUUAUUCUGGCAACCACAGCUGCCAAAUUGUUUUCAUAAAAACAACAGGAUUUGUUUUACAGUGUGGAUUUCCCAUGCAAAAAAAAAAAUAUGUUGAAGGAAACUUGCCAAAUCCAAAAUCAAGGCAAAAUAUUUGAACAUAAUUAUAAUUUUUUUUCAAUCAAUGACACAUACUAUGUUCUUUACAAAGAGGAAGGGCAAGCUCCACCUCAAACACUGUGAAACAAAGGAUGCUAAUGUAAAAUCAAGGUACGUCAUGCACGUCCUUCCCAAACUAGAACACCUUUCCCUCUCUUCACCUCCACAUUCUCAACAUACCCACAUAUAAUAUUAAAUAUGCAUCCCACCAACAAACAAAGAGUUUAUGGUGUAAACUAAAUAACCCAUAUGCCUAUGAUAAUACACAAAAAUAUAUAGCACUAUGCCGCUAUUAAAAUGUCAAACUUUAUCAAAUUUUCAUGGUCUCUGUGUGCCAUCCAAGCUUUUUAAAUGGCAGUCAUACAGCUUUUUCUACAUUGCAAUUGUGGGAGGAGACGUGUGUCUGUCACCGCCCAUCAUUUUCCACUUGCUUAGAGGGAAGCCAUGUACACCAAAACAUAAACAAUCCUAUUGAUGUCAGGGAUGCUAGCAACAUUUACAUAUCUAAGUGGCAAUGCUCUGCUUUUUAAUUUAAAUUAGGCCAAGCAUCAAUUAGACUGUUGUCACUAUACUACACACAAAACACAUAUUUAAAGUGUACACAAAACUGCAAAAUAAACAUCCGUUACAUGCUUAAAUUAUUAACAAUUUUUAAAGCACUCUCUCCUCAUAUUUACCAAUAGACAGGCUACACUGAAACUCUGAUAAACCAGGUAAACAAGUUCUUUCUGAUGAGUACAUUUUUGUACUCCACCCAAGUUCAAGUAGCCAAUAGGCACACACGUCACUGACAUACAUUCCCAGAGCACUAGCCUUCAAAUAAAAACAGUCCCCUUCUGCCCAAAAACACUGACACAUUCACAUUCGCAUACACACACUUGCAAACACUAACAACUGAGGACUAUACAAACAUGUCUUUCCUUUCAGGCAUUUUGGGUAAUAAAGCAGCAAACUCAUUUGUUGAUCAGGCUGUGGAUAAAGCAGCUUCUGCGGCCAAAAGGAAGGUGAAGGAAACAAUUACUGGAAAGAAACAAGAUAAGCCAGAUAAGACAGGGGGCAUGGGAGGCCUUUUCCCAUCUGAGGAGGACAAGAAACCAAAGCAAAAGUCAGGAGGUGGAAUUUUUGGUGGCCUCCUUUCAGCAGAACCAGGAAAAGAGGGAAUGAGCAGUGGAGGAGUCAGCAGUGGAGGAGACAGUAUUGGAGGAGUCAGCAGUGGAGGAGACAGUUCUUUCAAUGAUGCACUGGAUGACCUUGCUACGGAGUUUGCGGAUAAAUGAUGAUCUAUCAAUUAGGAAAAUUGUUCUCCACUCAGUUCUCCAGCCAGAAUCCUCUACCUAACAUCAGCACAAUCUCAAAAAUGUUAGGGACUCAAACAACAUAAGAAAAUAUUAAUGUAAAUAGAUUUUGGACAGUUUUUAACAGGUGUCCAUUCACCAUCUUCAACGGGAUCACUACUAAAGAUUACUGGAAACUGUAUAUAUUACAUUGCUUAUGUUAAAAUAACUUACUGCAUAUUUGUUUUUAAUAUCAUGUGACAUUAAGAUAUGUUUAAUGAAUAAAAAAUUAUAAAAUUGUA